AUGGCUUCUACAAGUACUUCUUGUUCUUCUUCACUCUGCAACAAAAUCUCCAACUUCUCAAUCCCCAACUCACCCACCCCAAUCCCAAGCCACUUCCCGCCACAUAUUAAACCCCCUAAACCCCUCAAGCUCAAAGCCCAUUUCCCCACCUUCUCUCGCCGCUCUUCUCUCACCCAAUUUCGCCGCCCCUUGGCGGCCUUAGACGGUUUCGAAGUCCAAGAAGACAGUGAAAGUAAAGAACAACAAAACCCAGAAGCAGAACCCAUUGAAAAGGAAGAAGAACAAGAACAAAGAGAGGAAGAGCCAAAGGUAGCGUCUUACAAUGACGCUGGGAGGCUCUAUGUGGGGAAUUUGCCUUAUUCUUUGACUUCAACCCAACUGGCAGAGGUGUUUGGUGAGGCGGGCACUGUGGUUUUCUCAGAGAUUAUUUAUGACAGAGUCACAGAUAGGAGCAGGGGAUUUGGGUUUGUUACAAUGUCAACUCUGGAGGAAGCUCAACAGGCCAUUCGGAUGUUUGAUGGCUCUCAAGUAGGAGGAAGAAAUGUGAAGGUGAACUUCCCAGAAGUGCCAAAAGGAGGGGAAAGGGAAAUAUUGGGACCUAAGAGCAUAAGGAGUGGGUUCAAGGUGUACAUAGAUAGCCCUCAUAAGAUUUAUGCUGGAAACCUUGGCUGGGGCCUGACUUCACAGGGUCUCAAAGAUGCCUUUGAAGGGCAGCCAGGGCUGUUGGGUGCCAAGGUCAUAUAUGAGAGGGGCUCUGGAAGAUCCAGAGGUUUUGGAUUUGUCACUUUUGAAACUAAUGAGGCUGCAGUAGCUGCUGUUGCUGCCAUGAAUGAAAUGGAGGUUGAUGGGCGGCCUUUGCGAUUAAAUAUGGCUGCAGAAAGGGCUAGGACUGUUUCUGUUUCCUCCUCGCCAGCAUCAGAAGCAACUGCACAAGACACAGACAGCAGUGAAGUGGUUUCUCCUCCAGCAUCAGAAACAACAACCGCAGAAAACACAGACAGCAGCGAGUUGGUGUCUCCCCCAGCAUCAGAAACAACGACAGAAGAUGCUGGCAGCAGUGAAUUGGUUUCUUCUAGCGUUAGCGUCUGA